AUGUCCAAAUUUCCAUCAAGAGGCCUUCCUCUCCGUACCAUCGGAGGAUUCAGACAAUCUUCCUUGACUGCUGCCGUCGCAAGCUUACCACUUGUUCAACCUAGUCGACAUGUAUCUCAAAGUAGAUUAUCUCCUCUUUUUGGAAGUCCACCAAAAACUGUAAAUAUUCCUUUCGCUGCGAUCAAGGGAGUUCGACUCUAUAGCAGCGAACUUCCUAAGCAUUCGCGUGUCCCUCUCCCAGCUCUUUCGCCCACUAUGGAAUUAGGAACUGUUGUUUCCUGGCAAAAGAAAGAAGGAGAUCAACUCAGCGAAGGAGAUCUUCUUUGCGAAAUCGAAACCGACAAAGCCACAAUGGGCUUCGAAACUCCAGAAGAAGGAUAUUUGGCUAGAAUCCUCAUCUCUGAAGGAACCAAAGACGUCCCAAUCGGAAAACUACUUUGCAUCAUUGUGGAAAAUGAAGCUGAUGUUGCUCUCUUCAAGGAUUUCAAAGACAGUGGAGCUCCUGCAUCUUCUACAUCUGCUCCUGCUAAAGAAGAGAAAGCUGCUCCAGUCGCUGCUUCUUUUUCUGCACCAGCUCCUGCUCAAAGCGUUUUCUCUGCACCUCAAGCUGCUAAGCCAUUAGCACCAACUUUGAACCGAGUUAGUGCCUCCCCAUUCGCCAAAAAAUUGGCUGCUGAACGUGGAUUAGACCUUUCCGCUGUUGCUGGUUCCGGUCCAGGAGGUCGCGUUCUCGCUUCAGAUUUAGCAAAUGCUCCAACCAAGACCUCUUCUGCUGCUGCUGCUAUCUCAAGCCCAGAAGGAAGCUUUGUUGAUGUUCCACUUACCAACAUGAGACGAACAAUCGCUAAACGACUCACCGAAAGCAAAUCUACAAUUCCUCAUUAUUAUCUGAGUAGUGAGAUUAAUCUCGACAGUCUCCUUGCUGUUCGCGAAAAACUCAACAAUAUGUUGGCUAAGGGUGCUGCAGGCGGCUCUACUAAGCUCUCUCUCAAUGACUUCGUAGUAAAGGCUUCUGCUCUGUCCUGUUUGAAAGUACCUGAAGCUAACAGUUUCUUCAUGGAUUCGUUCAUUAGACAAAAUAAUAAUGUUGACGUUUGUGUCGCAGUUUCAACUCCAGCAGGACUGAUCACUCCAAUAAUCUUCAAUGCUCAUGCUAAGGGACUGGCUACCAUUUCUAGCGAAGUCAGUGAGCUAGCUUCUCGUGCACGUGAAGGAAAACUCCAGCCUCAUGAGUUCCAGGGAGGAACCUUCACCGUUUCAAACUUGGGCAUGUUUGGAAGUGUCACAGAUUUCACUGCUAUCAUUAACCCUCCCCAGUCGUGCAUCUUGGCUGUUGGAGGAGCAGAAGACAAAGUAGUGCCAUGCGAGAAAGAAGGAUACCGUUCUACUAGAGUCAUGCGUGUUACUUUAUCAUGCGAUCAUCGUACAGUUGAUGGUGCUGUUGGUGCCGUUUGGUUGAAACAUUUCAAGGAGUUCCUGGAGAAGCCCCAUACUAUGCUUCUAUAA